GUCAAAGAAGGCCAAUUCUACGAAGCUCAUCAACAGCUGCGCGUCAUCGCAUCGCGCUACACAAAAUCAAGCGACUGGGCCUCUGCAGUGGACCUCCUCGCGUCGGGUGCCUCCAUGCUCCUGAACGCCGGACAGGGAGGUUCCGGAGGUGACCUAUGCAUGUUCCUCAUGGAUGUCUACGGCAAGGCCGAACUGAAGCCCGACACAACAAACAAGGCACGCCUCUUGAGUCUGCUACGCGAGUUCCCUGAAGGAGAGCCCACGAGGAAGAGAUUUGCUGGAGAGUUCGGCGAGUAUCCUGCUGGAGAUCCUGAACUCCACCACGUUAUAGGCACACUCUAUGCCGAGGAAGAUGGUGAGGCCCUCGAAGCAGAAAAACAUCUCACGCUCGGAUCCGCAGACUCGGCAGCAACCUUCGCCUCGCUCGAAUACAACUGGUACGCAUCGGACGAGCCUUCGACUGCUCCGCACUACGCCGCUCGGGUCGUGUUCCCCUACCUGCUGGUUGGAAAUCUCCGUGCCGCAAACAAGGCCUUCCUGCUUUUCACAUCCAAGUUGUCGUCGUCAAAUCCUGGCCUUAGUGUGCAAGAAGUCGGUUCAGUCUCGUCUGAUCUGCGUGUUUAUCCUAGCCUUCCGUUGCUCAACUUCCUCGGCCUCCUCCUACUGGCCAUUGAGAAAGGGUCCGCCGAUGUUUUCAAACAGCUCAAAAGCCACUACGCUUCGUACAUCAAGGAUGCUGGAAACUGGAAUGAGGCGCUUGCUCAGGUUGGAGAAAUGUAUUUCGGCAUCAAGAUUCCUAGCCAGAGCAACCCGCUGUUCGACAUG